AUGAAGGUAGCAGCAUAUCUCGUGUCUGGAGCCAAUAUGGCGCCGAGCUCCUCCCCGGAAACUGGUUUUUCGGGAGGAAGGACCGCCCUCGCUGGCCCAACUGGAGAGAAUAUUGGUCAAUAUCAGAUCCAGCCCUCCCGAAGCCCAAGCACGGAGUAUGAUCCGACCGCAGAUGGGAUUGAGGAAUAUUCACCUUCAGAGGACGAAGAGGAGGGAGACGACAUCGCCUCCCCAUUUCCAUCCAGGGCCACAUCCCCUGCUGAGAGCACAUCUCCAACUCAAAGCACACCCCCAACUGAGUACGCCGCUUCGGCCAAGUUCACAACACCAGUCAAGAAGACUCUCGCCAAGAGCACUCCGCCCAGCACGCCUCCUACCAAAAUGAAGCUCACGCCCAUGAGAACGCCCCCAGCCAAAGCCGAACGCAAGCGAUACCUCGCGGCGUCACCCCAUAAGUACCCCCUGAUGAAGUCAUCAAAGCCGAUCCUGGUAGACUUCCACCCUCGCAACUCCAGCCUCGAGCAGAUCCAAGCCCUACGAGCGCGCCUCGACAUGGGCGAGGAGCUCGUCUACAAGACCCAGGUAAAUCUCAUCCGCUGGCAAGACACCAUCUCAGCCCAACUCAAGGUUCUGAAAACGGAAGUUCGCAAAACUAACACCAAAACCAAGAAGCGCCAGGACAAGCUUGAAGACCAGCAGGACAAGCUCGAGGAGAAACAGGAGGUCACCGACUCCCGCGGCGCCAGGAACGAGCGCCGCAUCGCAGAGGUCGAGGUCACCAUCGAGGAUGUCAUUGGCAAGCCACCUAACCUGCCCGGCCUCUUCCCGCCUGGUCACUCGUCGUACUUUAGUGGACCGACGAGUCCCAGCCGUCUCCCCGGCGCAUGGGGUCCCAGAAGCAGUCGCAGCUCGCGGACCUCGCGGACGGGCUCGGCAGCUCCCCUUCCCAGCAUCGAGAUGAGCGACGCAGUCAAGAGUAUCGCACCAACCUUGGGUGGUCGCUCUAUCAGCUCCUCGACCAGAGCUACCCCUAACGCGUCAUCUUUGGCUGGUUCCAAGAGAAAGUCUGAGGAAGUAGAGUCUGACGACAAGGAUUGCGAAAAGAGAGACCCGAAGAAGCAGGAGAAGACGGAGAGAAAGGCGCUCGUCAAAAAGCAAGUUAAACCGAAGAAGGACGACACAGAGGCGAAGAAGAAUCCCGCUGAAUCUACCAAUACUACGCUCAAGAAGACGACUGCGUCGUCAGCACUGAAGCGCAAGGCGGAGGAGGAUCCCGAAGAGGACCACGAAGAGAUGAAGAAGCAGAGCCAAGAUGAUGAAAACGCUCAACCCUCUCGCAAGAGACCCGCAAAGAAGGCCGGAACAACGAAGAAGUCCGAAGCCACGCUUAAGAAGCCUGUUGCCGUCCCCAAGAAGACGACUACAGCGCCCAAGGGCCAGAAGCGCAAGGCAGAAGAGGAGAUCGAAGAGGACGGCAAAGAUGAGGGAAAGAUGAGCCAAGAUGAUGAGUCUAGCAAGAGACCCAUCAAGAAGGCCAGAACGGUCAAGGGAUCCAACACUACGAACAAAAAACCUGCUACCACAUCCAAAAAGACGACUACAGAGCCCAAGGGCCAGAAACACAAGGCAGAGGAGCAGCUCGAAAAGAACGAUGAAGAGACGGAGAAGAAGAAUGACAGGGAGGACGUCAAGGAGGACGUCAAGGAGGAAGAGGCUAAGCCCGACGCAGAGGAGAAGCCUGUCAAGCCGGCGGUGCCAGCGGUGCCAGGAACCAGAACUGGCCUUCGAAGUCAGAAGUAG